UAUUUUGAAAGAGUCGCACCGGAAGUCGUAUUGUUUUUGAGGCUGAAGAGGAGGGAAGCUACUUUUCACGUUCUCGCUUACUUAUUUUCAGGUUAAUAUAACUCCGAGGUGUUUAGUGAAUUGGACUUGUGAAGGUGUGCCACAAUGAUCAUCCCCGUCCGCUGCUUCACCUGUGGGAAGAUUGUAGGAAAUAAGUGGGAGGCAUACCUCGGACUGCUUCAGGCAGAGUACACUGAAGGUGAUGCUCUUGAUGCCCUGGGCCUGAAGAGAUACUGCUGUCGGAGGAUGCUCCUCUCUCACGUGGAUCUAAUUGAGAAAUUGUUGAAUUAUGCUCCACUGGAGAAAUGAUUGUGUGGACUUUUGGGGGACUGUGGCAUGGAGCUUUUUAUGUGUAUUAUAUUAAUAUGCAACAACAAUCUAAGACAAAUGUGAAAACCAAGGAAUUUUAGUUUGUGUAGCCAUUUCACAAUGCAUUCUUUUUUCUUAAUAAAGCCUCUAAAUGACAAA